CGCCCGUCGGGCGGGGCGCUUCCGGCGGGGCCGCGAGCGCGGCAGGGCUCAGUGGAGGCCCGGCCGGGAAACAUGGGCACAACGGGAGGAGCUGUUUUGCGGCUGCCGGGGCUGCACGGCUACGCGGUGGAAUUCUCGCCCUACUGGCCAGGACGCGUGGCUUGCGCCGCCGCGCAGUACUACGGCAUCGCAGGCUGUGGGACUCUGGCAGUGCUGGAACAAAAUGAAGCUGGCAUUGCUCUACUCAAAAGUUUUGACUGGAAUGAUGGCCUGUUUGAUGUGACCUGGAGUGAAAAUAAUGAACAUGUGUUGAUCACUUCUAGUGGAGAUGGAUCUCUGCAAAUCUGGGAUACAGCUAAAGCCAAAGGUCCGCUGCAAGUCUAUAAAGAGCACACUCAGGAGGCAUAUAGUGUUGACUGGAGCCAAACUAGAGGAGAACAGCUAGUGGUGUCUGGUUCAUGGGAUCAAACAGCGAAGCUGUGGGAUCCAGCUGUGGGGAAGUCACUGUGCACUUUUAAAGGCCACGAAGGUGUCAUUUACAGCACUAUAUGGUCUCCACACAUCCCAGGUUGUUUUGCAUCUGCGUCAGGGGACCAGACUGUAAGAGUUUGGGAUGUGAAAGCCCCACGAGUAAAACUUGUGAUACCAGCACACCAGGCUGAGAUUUUGAGCUGUGACUGGUGCAAAUAUGAUGAGAACUUGCUAGUAACUGGUGCAGUUGACUGUAGCUUGAAAGGCUGGGAUUUGCGGAAUAUCCGACAACCAGUGUUCAUCUUGCUUGGUCAUACCUAUGCUAUCAGAAGACUAAAAUUUUCACCAUUCCAUGCAACCUUAUUGGCCUCUUGCUCCUAUGAUUUUACUGUGAGAUUCUGGGACUUUUCCAAGCCUAACCCUUUGCUGGAAACAGUUGAGCAUCAUACUGAAUUUACAUGUGGACUGGACUUAAGUCUUCACAACCGUGGUCAGGUUGUAGACUGCGCUUGGGACGAACUAGUCAAGAUCUAUACUCCAUCGUGUCUGGCAGUUUCUGUCUAGAGAAAAAGUGAAGAACACACCAGGAACGUUUAUUUCCUGACCCACAACCAGACUUGUGCUGAAGUGUCAACUGUAUCACUAAUCUUAGUGUCUCUUUUUAAGUAAAACUCUGCUUGAAUGGAGUGUUGUGCACUUAAGCAUGUGGAGAUUUCAGGGCUUGGGUUACUGCACAGGAGCUAGCAAAAACAAAUGGCCAAAGAAUGGUUGUAGCAGACACAAGCUGGUGUCUUUGAAGUAAAAUCACACAAUUUUGUGAUCUGUCUGGCUAAUGAUGGGAGCAGAGGCCUGAAUCUUCUUGAUCCUUAUGCAGAUUAAAACUGGUAGUGUAUUUUGAGAGAAUCGCGCUGUGGAAAAGAAAAAAGUGGCUUUUCAUGGUCAAGUACUGUAAUGUCAACUGAGAUUUGUAUCGCUCAGAUGCAUUUAUAUUUUUAUGUUUUGCUGUGACUCACACUGUAUUAUUUUCUUGUGCAAUAUGAAGAAUACUUUUGAUAAAGAGUAAAUGUCAUAGUUUAUAGCCAGCUGAUUUGUUUGACCUUUGUGAUGGCCGCUUCACAAAGAUAGUAAAGAUUAUUUUCAUACAUUUUUUCCGUUAGAUGUCCUUUAGUAAAACAGUUGAUGGGAAAAGAUACUCUGAUGAUAGAGAAAACACUUAGGAAAAAAAUGAAAUACAUACAAAAUAAUUGGAUCACAAUCCUCAAGAUUUAGAGAUAGGACAACCAUCUCCUCUAUUAGACUUCUGCUUGCAUUUAGAAACUUUUCUCCAAGAGACAGAAGAGGCCAUGUAUUCAAUUUUUCUGAACCUCUGACAGCCUGGCCAAACUGAGAGCUGAUGUCCAGACCAGCUGAACCUACAGAUUAACCGCAUGAUGUAAGCAUAGCAGAUCCAGUAUGGCCAAGCUAUUAUACUUAGAAGAAUAUGCCCAACAUAUUAUAGGUAAAUCGAGUACUUUGCAUGCUUACUUUGACUCCUCAGCCCAUGUGCUGGUAUUUUCAUUUGAGUUUUUCUGAGGUGAUUAGAGACAUUCAGUUUCUGUGCUUCUCCAGUCUCCUUGAAUACUCUUUCACAAUCCAGCUGUGAUACUCCUGCAGUUCUCAGGGGUAUAUGCUAGGCAUCUCUCUUCUUUUCCUUCCUGCUAGUUUUUUGUUUGUUUGUUUGUUUGUUUGUUUUUAACCUGUCCGCUCUUACCUCUUACCAACAGUCUUUACCAUCAAAAGACUCUUUGCAGGUUGGGCCUUUACAGAUCUUUGCUUAGGUUUUCAUAGUCUCCUGUUAAUGAAUGCUGUACACUUCUGGGUUGCAGCACUCAUCUAUCAAGCAAUAGCAGACACUGCCAGAUCUUCUGGAUGCUUUGAAGAAAGGAAAAAUAAUUCAGCAGAACUAAGCCCUGCAAGUAGCAAGGAAAGAAUGAUUGUGCUAUCUUGGUGAAAGAGCCAGGGUACUAGCAGGUAGCCACAGGGAAAUACACAAGUAUUGAUUUGGUAAUAGGACAAGACAGAAAGAAACCCUCUUCUGCAACGUGAGAAUUUGGAUUCUGAUAGGAUCUUCUUAUAUUCUUGGUCAGUGCAAACUGACUGCAGAAUGCCAUCUUCUGAAGCUGAAUUAAAAACAAACAGUAUUUUCUUUUUUGUGACAGUGUGUUGCACCAAAUCCCAAAUGUUCACUGCACUUUAAUUAUGUUUGCUGAGGAAUGAUGCAACAAUAAAGCUCUAUUCUGUACAGUUUUCAGCAAUACAGUGGGCCAUAAAAUCUAAUUUUAGGCAUUAAAAUUGAUUAUUCCAACUUUAA